ACUUAAUGUAAUGGUGCUAGUAUUUACAAACGAGUUUUACCUAUCGUGAAGGAAUACAUGGUGUUUCUGAAUUAUUGAUUUCUAUUACUAUUACUUAAUUCGAUAAUAAUUUUCCUUUCGAACUUUACAUGCGUUUGGUUUAAUACUUCAGAUGUUGGCAACGUGUGGAACUUUUGUGCCGUUUGUGCUAGUAUGACAGAAGUCUCUGUCACGAUCGGAAAUGUUGUUAAGUGAUUGUCGAUGUGUCUCUAAAAAUAGGGCAGAUUUAUUCAUAGACUGCAAUGGAUGUAAUAUAAUAAUGUAAUACGUUUUCGUGAUAUUGAUGGACGAAUAGUCGAAAUUGCUGGUGUACAAAUUAAUGGAAAAGUAAAGCAUGUAACGGGCGGGAUGACAGAGCACACUGUUCAUGAGUGGUUGGUCGAUUACAGUGCUCUCAGCCCUGUUGAGGUGCACAGUUUUGCCAGUAGUCUGGAGCACAAUCAGGAGGUAGUGGCCGCUUUGUACACAGUUCUUGAAGAGCGGAACAAAUACCAGGAGUUAAUUGAUCGUGUAUGCAACCAGCUGUUCGGGUUUUACCGUUCACGUGAAACAGAACUGCAGAGGUUCACACUCCAGUUCCUACCUACACUCAUUUUCGUGUACCUGAAUUCUGUCGCCCAUGGGGAUAAGAAGAGCUGUCGCAGUGUUGAAACACUACUCGUUGGGUUAUAUAACCUGGAAGUGGUGGAUGAAAAUGGACAGCCUAAGGUUGUGUCAUUUCGUCUUCCAUCACUGGCACAGGCCUCCAUUUAUCAUGAGCCAAUGAGUCUGGCACCAUGUUCCCUGACGGAAAGCGCACUGCGGAGGUUGGAAGAAUGCAACACAAAGCUGGUGAGCUGGGGACCACUUCCUCAGGUUGAAGCACUUAAUGCUCAGAACAGACUCACAGUAAUGACAGCUCUCCUCUUUGUAUAUAACCGUCAGUUGAGUCUGCUGCACAAGUCAGCUCUUGAGCACGUCUGCAAAGUCUCUUCCAAAUUGGUGACUCAGGGUUUCCACAAGCCAGGUCAUCACCAGCGUUCAUCAUAUGGGUCAAGCGACUCGACCUUUGUUCCACGGCUGUUGCCACGGAUCCCCGUGAGUUCACAGUUCCUUCUGGAGCUGCUUCAUGCUGUGUACUUUUCCAUGUUUAAUGACUACAGCUACAUUGCCACACAAGCUCUUGAGGAUAUAUAUGGCCGUGCCUGUUAUGAGGGGUAUGCUCAGGUGGUGCUGGUCACUGGUGCCAUCCGAAAUUCACUGCAAGUUAACCCAUCAGGCCAACCAAGUGACGGACCAAUGGGGAUCAGUGUAGCCUUGUCACCUGCGAUCACCACUGUGACCACAGUUUCAAAGUCAAUGAUCACCAAUGCUUCAUUUCGCACCAAGAAGCUGCCAGACGACAUCCCAAUCCAGGCACCUAAAGAUGAGUCUGGAGGUGAGGGAAAGAAUCUUACUUCCAUAUCGGAAGAACAGGAGGAAGAACGGUUAACACCACGAGGAAACUCGCUUAGAGGAGGUAAAACUCUACCAAAGCUACCAAACUUUCCAGGUCUGGGUAAGAAGGUCAAAGCUGCAACUACAGCAAGUGAUAUUGGAAGCAAGAAGAUUCAGCUAGGUACGAAACCUCUAGCCCGCACAUCUGUAGUGACAAAUGGGGACUCGGAGCCAGACAAGAAACCUGCAGCAACCAUAAGCAUAGACAAUUCAAAUGGACCUCUGCCAUUGGAUGUAAAUGCUACAACCAAUGGAAGUAUAAGCUCAGAGCAGGAUCGAGCCAUUUCAGAGUCACCGGCAACAACAAGUGAACUGAGCGGACCGUCUGACACACAGUCUGUAUGUACGGCUGACUCAAUUGACCUGGAUGAUGCUAGAACACUUAAGAAACCAUCUUUGGAAAUAGAAAAUCGGUCCGCUGUUCAGGUCAGCUCUGUGUAAUUACUAUAAUGUAAUUUCUGCCAGACCAGAUAUAUAUCCACUAAUUUGAAGUGAAAUAUUGGUUAUGACUGGUUCAUUUUGUUAUACAUACAUUCAUGCAUACUGUGGUGCAUUCAGUACUAAGAAUACAGUGUGUUCUCUUGUAUGCUGUUACUGCCACAUGUACGAAAUCAGCUCUACUGUUUCAGUUUCCCACACUGCAAUGCAAUGUAAUUACUGUUCGUUGGAUUUGAGGAUCUGAAGACAGUGACUGUAUUCUGGGAUGUGGCAUCAUGUUGCUUGCUGGUUUGCUUGUUUGAUUUGAAGUUGGCUUUUUUCUUUGUGUAGCAUAUUCAACCCUGAAGGUGGAGCUAGUAUGUUCCUCUGAAACAUCAACAAGUGUCUAGCAGACUACAUGAAAUCACAUCCCAGGAGAUAUUGCUCUUCAUUAUUUGUUUGGAUGAAAGUUUUACAUUUGCUCUAAAAGAAUGUGUUCCCAUUGUGGAUGGUCAGAUCCUUGAUGCUAGCAGCCCACAUUGUCUCCCAACAUACAUGAUUAGUUCAUUAUGCUUCAGAAGAUUAUGCUGUUGUGGUGAAAGGAGGUGUGUUCAUAGUGACAGACAGACAAGUGGACAUGUGCCUCUUUGCGUGUUGCAUUGCUGUACCAUAAGAACAAUAAUAAUGUAUGCUUAAUGUCAGGCAGUUCAUAGUUUUAUCUGAUGUUUAUGAUAUUCUUUCUGGUAAAAAUUUAUUUUAUGCAGUAUUGAGUAAGUUGUUUAAAUCAGUUUCAGGUACUGCAGAAUUAUGCAUUUCAUUUAUCACAGAAAUAUGAUGAAACGUAAUGUAGAUGUUGUACUGUGUAUAGAAGUUCAUUCCAGACUGUAAGCCAGUUACAGUAAUUUGCUGAUAGACAGGAGGCUAAGCUUCUGAUCUGCAGUUUUCACAGGGGUGAAUGUUAAGAUGUGGUCUCCUUGGAUGUGAUGACAUCUUGUUACCUCACAUUCCAGCAGUCAGUGAUCUUAGUUUACAAGAUUUGUUACCAUCCUAUGUUGUUGGUUGUGACAAGAGCAUGAGUGCAGUUGAGGAUGUCAGCACUUGUUGCAAUAUACUUAUUUUUAUUUUAAUUUAGGUAAUGUGACUUCCCCAGCAUGAUUGAUAAAGUAAGAGUGAGAACUUGUUAGACACAAACUCAUGUCAUUCUUGUUGUGAAUUGUUUCUUGAGGUAUAUAGGUGUGUGUGUGUGUGUGUGUGUAUGUAAUGGGAGCCGUCAGAGCACAGUUGGUAUAGUGA